GGAAUUUCAAACAAUUUUUGAUACAAUUUUGGUGACUCUGAUAUUUUUGUUUUGUUGUUUUCUAGCUUUCCGGUGAGAAUCAAUUGGUGAAUUGUUCUAGAUAGAUCGUAUGUUCCAAUUUUUAACCAUAUUUAUUAAUCAGAUUUUAUUCAUAUAAAUAUAUAUUUUUAUUGUACAACCAUAGGAAGUUAUCAACAUGGCAACUGUUCUGGAGGGCACAAAAAUCGAGGAGAAGAGACUUCAAGAUUUAAUUGAAAGUGCAAAAGACAUUGCACUUAUUAAUGGUGCUUUGAUGAGGACGAAAGAAAAACCUGGGUCAUCUGCUGUGGUCAAUCAUUCUCCCUUUUCUUUAUUUCCGUCUGUUGUACCUCAGAAUUUAUUAGAAAAAGCCAAGGGCAUCCAAAAGUCCUUUAAUCUUCUAAUGCAUCGAGUUUCUCAUGACCAUCAGUUUCUGGAGCAGGCAUUGCAGAAUGUUAUCAAAGUAGAUGACUUCACAAGACAACUAUGGGAUAUUUACAACACUGUUAGAGAAGAAGGGUUUAGACAGCCAGUGUCCCUUGGCCUGUUCAGAAAUGACUUCAUGAUGGACACUAAGAAAAUAGAGAAGAAUCCAGACUGCUCAUUAUCUCAAAUUGGUGAGCAUGCUCAACUCAAACAGAUUGAGUUUAACACCAUAGCAUCCAGUUUUGCAGGAUUAGUUGGGGCACUGUCAGAUGUACACAGAUACACAAUAGCUAAAUCCAAGAUUAAAUAUACCAAAACUCAGUUACCAAGAAAUGACCCUGCCGUUGGUUUGUCUCGAGGAAUAAUUAAAGCAUGGCAACACUAUGGGAACAAAAAUGCAGCCAUCUUGUUUGUGGUUAGUGUACCUGAGCAGAAUCGCAUGGACCAAGUUUGGUUGGAAAAGAAAAUCGUGGAGCUUGAUCACUCAAUAGAUGUAGUCUAUUAUAGUCUACAGUCACUAUCCACUAAUAUGUUACUGUCUCCAGACAAAAAACUCUUUGUUAACAAUACAGAGAUAGCUGUUGUCUACUACAGAGAAGGAUACUCACCAAAUCAUUACCCUAGUCAAAAGGAAUGGGACGUAAGAUUGAGUAUAGAAAGGUCAAAGGCCAUUAAAUGUCCCACUGUUCACUAUCAGCUGGCAGGGACCAAGAAGAUUCAGCAGGAACUGGCAAAACAAGGGGCUGUGGAAAAGUUCAUCAGUGACGAAAAAGAAGCAGUAAAGAUCCGAUCAUUUUUUGCGGGACAGUACAGUCUAGAUCUGGACCCAGAAGGAGACAAUAAUGCAGAGAUGGCAAUAAACAAUCCUCAGGACUACGUGUUAAAACCACAGAGGGAGGGUGGGGGGAACAACCAUUACGAUGAUGAGAUUAAAACUCUGCUGUCAGACCUGAAGAAUAACGAGGAGCGAGCUGGAUACAUCCUGAUGGAGAAGAUUCACCCGUGGGUACAGGAGAAUUACCUGAUCAAGGUGGGAGAGAGCUCAGUACUCAGGAAGGUGGUCAGUGAGAUCGGAGUCUAUGGAACCAUACUGGGGUCAGCUGAGGAGGUGAUGGAGAAUGAGGAGGUUGGACAUCUGAUGCGGACCAAACAUUUAGGGGUGAACGAGGGGGGAGUGAGUACUGGAUACUCCUGUCUGGACACACCCUUCCUUAUUGAAUGAAUAUUUCGCUAUUAGAUACACUGUUCAUAGUUUUAUAUAAGAAAAGUUGAAUAUUUGUUAACAGAGGGAAGUCCGUCUCCUCAGAGAUAAAUGCAUAAUUAUGUAAAGAUCUGAAAGCUACAUAGUGUCACAUAAUAAGGGUAUAUAUUUUUUUGUUUAAGUACUAUGCCAUAUUUAGUCAGCUUAAGCUUUAAUUUAGUUGUCUCUUUAAAACAUGUACCUCAGUAUAUAUACAUGUAUAUAUGAUGUUUUAUUUAUCAUAAUGGAUUGUUAAAAUAUUGCAUUUUAGAUAGUAUUUAGUUACAUUUCUGCUCAGUUUUUCUUCCCUGAAAGUCUUUUUGGUAGAUAUAUUUUUACAAAAAGCUGUUAUACCAUGCCUUGCUGUCUCUAGCUCUAACCCCUGGAAAGGAGCGAAUUUUAAAAUAUAAUGGCAUUACUUUUCAUUAUCCCCUGCUCCAUGAAAGAGAAAAUCAGUUAUGGUAUAUGUUGUCUUAUAAUUGUUUUGUCAUUUGUUUAAAUGACUUUUUUAUGCCCCCCCUUCGAAGAAGGGAGGGCAUAUUGCUUUGCUGCUGUCUGUCGGUCCACUUAGAUUCCGUUCAUUUUCUUCGCAACCGUUGCACAUACUUAAAUGAAAUUUGGUAUACAGAUAUAUCACAUUAAUAUCUAGGUCAAGUUCUAUUUUGGAUACGAUAGCUCCAUUUUUGGCAGAGUUAUGCCCCUUGGACUUAUAAAAAUUACAAUUAUUUGCCAUUUCCGUUCAUUUUGUUUGCAACCGUUGCACAUACUGAAAUGAAAUUUGGUAUACAGAUAUAUCACAUUAAUAUCUAGGUCAAGUUCUGUUUUGGGUAGAUCGCACCAUUUUUGACAGAGUUAUGCCCCUUGGACUUAGAAUAAUUUCUAUUAUUUGCAGUUUCCGUUCAUUUUCUUUGCAGCCGUUGCACAUACCAAGAUGAAAUUUAGUAUACAGAUUUAUCAGAUAAAUAUCUAGGGCAAGUUCUGUUUUGGGUACGAUUGCGCCAUUUUUGACAGAGUUACUAGUAUGCCCCUUGGACUUAGAAAAAUUUCAAUUAUUUGCUGUUUCCGUUCAUUUUCUUAACGACCGUUGCACAUACUGAGGGGAAAUUUAGUAUACAAAUUUAUCAGAUGACGAUCUUGGUCAAGUUCUGUUUUGGGUACAAUCACGCCAUUUUUGACAGAGUUAUGCCCUUUUGGACUUGGAAAAAUUCCAAUUUGGGGGGAGGGGGGAUAAGUGUUUUACAAACAUCUCUUGUUUAUAAUGAAUAUAUGUCAGCUUUAAACUUUUUAACAGAUAAUUCUGCCACAUGUUGAUACACCAUCAAUUUUUUUCCGAUGAGUUCUAGUCAAAACUGCAGGCUUUGAAAAAUUAUGUAGUUAUUUACAAUUCUUUUUUAUUUACAUAGAAUAAAAAAAUUAUCAAAUGUGCAUGUACAUCCCCCCCCCCCCCUUGAAAAUGAGGGGUAUAUACUGAUUAUAUAUUGAUUGGGGGUGUCUGUCACACUUAGCCGUCAUUUGGCCACAACUCCUUUUGCAGAAUAUUACAAGGGGGGGGGGGGGGGGCUCUGGUGAAGAAGAGUAGGGCCAAAGUUAUUUAGGUGAGCAUUGUGGCCCAUGAAGCUUCUUUUUUUGUCAGGUACAUUUGAUUUAUUAGUGUAUGUUAAUGUUAAAUUUGCAAGUAGCAAUGUAUUUUUUAAACUUUUUAAAAUCUAUAUAUAAAUUAAGCUUUUUGUACAAAAGAUGAGACAAUUAAUUUCCCAUGAGGUGCAAUAUGUCUUAAAAAUCCAUGUUCUCAAUUCAAAUUAUCACAAGAUUAUUUUUAAUACAUGCAGGCAUUGACUGUAGAAUUUCUUCUCUGUUGUCAGUCUUUCAGAUUUAUUGACAUGUAUUUAUAUUAUUUUACUGUUUACAUUGUACUGAUAUCUUAGAUUCAUCAAGAAUAAACAGAAAAUAAUUGCCAUUACGUUUUGUAAUACAAAUCUAAAUGAGAUCUGGUCCCCACCCAGUCUUUUUAAUUUCCUUCUGUAAAUACCAAUCUAAGAGUGCUCCAGAUAUUAAUUAUGUUGUAGGAUUAUUUAAUUUCUGUAGAUCUGCACUUUUAAAUGUUUACAGCAAACAUGACACAUCCGGCAAUAGUUCCCAAAUGUAUAAUAUGCUCCUAGACUAAACCAAUUAUGUUAUGACAGCAAUGUUAGCCUAAAUAUCCAAAAAUAAAAAUAGGGGGGGGGGGGGAGUCGCAUAAAAUAUAUUAUUAUGUAGACUUUGUAAAUGAAACUGUUCAAGUAAAUAGGAUUUAAUACCAGGUUGCCUAUCCCAGUCCAAGAUGUGUGUUC